AUGGUGAAAGGCCUCGAAAACAACAGGAAUUCCGGCAAAGGCAAAGGCCGCGGCGGCUUCUCUUGCAAAAAGUCGACCUUCGACGUCCAAGGCUCCCAGUUGACCGUCGAUUCCUGGAAAAUGAUGGACUGGGACUACAAGAAGGCCAAUCUACCCACCUAUGCGAGAGGCCUAUUCACUACAACCAAUGAACGUGGUCAGCGGGAGAUUGCUGUCCGAGGGUACGACAAGUUUUUCAAUCAUGAAGAAGUGCGCGAGACGGAAUGGCGGAAUGUGGAGAACAACACUCGAGGCCCGUACGAACUCAGUGUGAAGGAGAAUGGAUGCAUCAUCUUCCUCGCAGGUCUCAAGGACGGCACCCUCAUCGUCUGCAGCAAACAUUCCACCGGCGAUCGACAGGACUCUGAUGUCAGCCAUGCCAAAGCUGGAGAGCAGUGGAUCGAUCGACAGCUGGAGCGCAUUGGCAAGACCAGGCAGGAUCUCGCAAAGAUAUUACGAGACAUGAACGCUACUGCAGUCGCCGAACUGUGUGAUGAUGACUUCGAGGAGCAUGUGCUCGCCUACACUCCCGAAUCCGCCGGACUCUACUUACACGGCAUCAACCUCAACCUUCCCGACUUUGUCACCUACCCGCAUGACCUCGUCAAUCAAUUCGCCCAGGAAUGGGGCUUCAGGACCACCACGUUCAUCAUCAAAGACACCAUCGAGGAUGUGAAGACAUUCUUGGAGGGCAUCGCAGACACAGGAGCGUACGACGGUCGAGACACCGAAGGCUUCGUCAUUCGCUGCCAGUCCAAGGCAAACACCGGACAAUGGCACGACUGGUUCUUCAAGUACAAGUUCGAGGAGCCCUACUUGAUGUACCGCCAAUGGCGAGAGUGCACCAAAGCCGUCAUCUCCGGCAAACAGCCAAAGUACAGGAAACACAAGAAAAUCACCGAAGACUACAUCCUGUUCGCACGCAAACAACUACAUGCAAACCCGCAGCUCGCCAAAGCGUAUCUCGCCAACCACGGCAUCAUAAAGAUGCGCGACGACUUUCUCGCUUCUCGUGGUCUCAAUGGAGCGGAUAUCAUUCGGCAAGAAGAGCAAGAUGGUGAGGAUGAGGCGGUGACGAGGGAUGUUUUACUUGCCACAGUCGCCACCAUUGGCUGUGGGAAGACCACUGUCGCCCUGGCGCUCAGCAAUCUGUUCAAUUGGGGGCAUGUUCAGAAUGACAAUAUCACGGUGAAGAAGGGCAAGCCGCAAGCAUUCGCCACCGCCUGCGUCAACGCCCUGAGCAAUCACUCCGCCAUGAUUGCAGAUCGAAACAAUCACCAAAAACGAGAGCGGAAGCAGCUCCUCGAGGACGUCUCCAAAGUCAUCACCAACGCUCACUUUGUGUGUCUUCACUACGUGCAUGACCGACGAAACUACGACAGGAUACGGGAAGUGACUCGCGAGAGAGUGCUGGGGCGCGGUGACAACCAUCAAACCAUUCAGGCCGGCACCAAAGGCUCGGAAGAAGUGGUUGGGAUCAUGGAAGGCUUCCUGUACCGCUUUGAGCCUGUGAACCAAGACGCCCAACCGGAUGACGGCUUCGAUUUGGUGAUCGAUCUCGACCCGUGCGUCAGCUCUCGCGAGAACCUCGAAACUGCCAUCAGCAGGUUGUACGUGGAGUACCCGAAGCUCUUCGACGGGCAGGAAAUGCCUACCGCCGACGACAUGGAUGCUGCCAUCGCCGCUGCCACGAAUGAGUACACCGUCGAUAUCAAGCACGAGAUCAAGGGGAGAGAUGAUCGUCGGGGCCAGCAGGGUUCUCGAGGAGCGAACGGUGCGCCGAACGGGACUGCAAAACCCAAGGAGAAGAAGCUCGAGUACUUCGCCGUGCAGGUCCCCGCCCCACGCAUCAAUGCCAUCCUUGAAGCCCUCUUCCGCGACAGCACCCCAGAGCAGGCGAAGAUGUACAAUACGUUGAAGCACCAGCGUCGGAUUCAAGGAGCCUUUCACGUCACUCUGAUCCAUCGGACUGGCGCGACCGAGCACGCGAAUCAGUGGGCCCAGUUGACGGAUUUACAUAAAAGCAAAGCUACCGACGUCGAUCCGGAGCCGAAGCUUGGAGCCUGCGGGGUGCGGCUGGAGCGGGUGGUAUGGGACAAUCGAGUCAUGGCUUUUGUCGUGCGAUUGAAUGCCCUGGAGGGUGGGGAGCAGUGGAACGUCACGAAUCGGGUGGCGCAUGUCACUGUUGGUACGGCGGACGCGAGCAUCAAGCCUGUGGAGUCUAAUGCGCUGCUGGAGAAGUGGUUGGACGGGGAGGGCGGCGAGGGGAUUCAGGAGAUGAUGGUGAAAGGGAAUGUGGAAGUGGACGGGACUGUGAGAGGGGUGCUGCAAAAGCAUUGA